UGCCGUGCAGCGCGCGCGCUAGUUAGAGUGGCAGCACAGUGCGGUCCGAAGUGGGAAGUUUCGAAAGGAGCCUUUACUACCUUAUCACCUUCAUGUCGGCACUGCUGGAUAUUUUCACACCGAUGCUAUGGUUACCUUUAUCACGAUUAUACAGGUGAAUCUAGUGAUGUCCAUCCUGCUGUACGUGAUGUUCCUCGCAUACCUCUGCGGUAUCCAGGCCACGUCGAUGGACAGACGAAAGCCCACCCCGGACCCUGUCAAUUCCCUCAUUAUUAGGCUUCUGCAGACGGACAUCAUGAGGAGUAGACACAGACACGACGAGAUGCGGAACGACCAGCCCCAGGAAUUGCUCAGCUCUCCCCAGAGCCUGGAUUAUGGACAGGUGGUGCCGACGGGUCUAGACUACCCAGAGAGGAGGCCGGUGUCCCUCCCCCCCGCGCUGGACGUGGGCGCCGAACUGCUCCGGCAGCACAAACGCUACAACUCGCCUAGGGUGGUCCUGAGCGAAAAGCCACCCCUGCAGCCUCCACCCAUGUACCUGGCGGACGACUACGUGGGAGGCCCUGAGGCGGCCAACAGAACGCGCAGGAAGCGCUACGCCAAGCACAGGAGCUACAGGGGCGAGUACUCGGUAUGCGACAGCGAGAGCCAGUGGGUGACGGACAAGACCAGCGCCGUGGACAUCCAGGGCCGGCAGGUCACUGUCCUGGGCACCAUCAAGACCAGCACCUCGGAAGUGAAGCAGUACUUUUACGAGACCAAAUGCAUGAGCACCAAGCGCAGCUGCCGAGGGAUUGACGAGAAACACUGGAACUCGCAGUGCAAGACAUCGCAAACGUACGUGCGGGCCUUGACCUUCGGCGGCUGGACCUGGAUCAGGAUAGACACGUCCUGUGUGUGCGCGCUCUCCCGCAAACGCCGCAGGACAUAGCGUCGCAGA